AUGGCCGAGAUAGGCGCCACCGGAUCCUCCUCAGUCGAUGGCCCAAGCCCGAUCGUCUUGCCCUCCCAGUACCUCACAAAUGUGCAGGACUGGAUGUUUGGCGUCUCCGAUACCACCAACAAUGUCAAACCGAUGGAUACCGACCCUGAGAGUCAAGACCUUAUCAUGAUUACCAUCGGAGCGGACUACUUGCAGCAAAAAGUGGGUCACGAUGGCGUACUGCGCUGGUACGAUCCUUGGUACGACAUAUACGAAAGCGCGGCCGACGACACCGAACAUCCACUCUUCAAAAGCGUCUCAAAGUGGAUCGUCGCUGUCAAUAGAUGA